UACACAGCUACUCAGGAGAAACGAAAUGAUCUGCCCUGGAGCCGCAGCAAAAUGCUGGAUGGACACCUACUCCUGGGAUGGUUAUCGUUCACAGUUAUAGUGCAUCUUCUCAGCUUGCCCGGACCAACCACAGCUUACUUCGGGUUGACCGGUAAUGAACCAUUGUCUGUUCUGCCACUGAAUUCUCUACCAGAAGAGAGUACGGGUAGGGCCCACUACAAGCUUUGUGACCGUCUCAAACUGGAAAAGAAGCAGCGCAGGAUGUGCAGACGAGACCCGGGCGUGGCGGAUACCUUGAGGGAGGCCAUAAUUAUGAGUGCCUUAGAAUGCCAGCAUCAGUUUCGCUUUGAGAGGUGGAAUUGCACAUUAGAGGGGCGGCAUCGCGCCAACAUAUUAAAAAGAGGAUUCAAAGAGACAGCCUUCUUGUAUGCCAUCUCCUCAGCGGGCCUAACACACGCCUUAGCCAAAGCGUGCAGUGCAGGACGUAUGGAGCGCUGCACGUGUGACGAAGCCCCAGACCUGGAGAACCGCAAGGCCUGGCAGUGGGGAGGCUGUGGAGACAACCUGAAAUAUGCCAAUAAAUUUGUCAAGGAAUUUCUGGGCAAACGCUCCAACAAGGACCUGCGUGCACGAGUGGACACGCACAACACAAAUGUGGGGAUGAAGGUAAUCAAGGCUGGAGUAGAGACUACUUGUAAAUGCCACGGUGUCUCUGGCUCCUGCACUGUCCAGACCUGCUGGAGGCAGCUCCUGCCCUUUCAUGAGAUCGGCAACCGACUGAAGCUGCGCUACGAGACUUCCGUCAAGGUCGGCAGCUCUACCAAUGAGGCCACUGGAGAGGGAGACAUCUCGACAGGCCGAAACCAGCAGCAGCAGCAGCAGCACUCCCUGCCUGGUCUGAGCGAUCAAAUCCCUCGCACUAUGGAUCUGCUACACAUUGAAGACUCGCCCAGCUUCUGUAAACCCAGCAAAUACUCAGCAGGCACCGCAGCACGCAAGUGCUACAAAGACCAGAACUGUGAUGCUAUCUGUUGUGGGAGGGGCCACAAUACACAAAGUAGGGAGGUGACCGGGCCCUGCCAGUGUCAGGUGCGAUGGUGCUGCUACGUUGAAUGCAAGCAGUGCACGCAGAGAGAAGAAGUCUACACCUGCAAGGGGUAAAGCAUCAGCUACCGGUUGCCUCAGAAUCAGUGGAGCAAGUCAAAGAUGGUUGGUCUUUGUGAUUCAGGUCUUUGUAAUGAAGAAGACUGGUUGGUUUGUUCUCAUCUGAGGUUGUGCUGCUAUUGUCGGAACAACGUUCUGCAGAAAAUUGAGAAGCAAACCAAAAAAAGCAAAAAGCACUUUGAAUGGAUUAAUGUGGGCUUCAGGGGUCCUGCAAAAUAUUCAGACAACUGGGUUACCAUCUCAAGCUUUUUAAUCACAUCAUUGCCUUGAGGAAAAAAGCUUUUUUUUUGUUACCUGUUUCAGAUAUCCAUAGACAACAUUUUCCAAGAAAAUUAAUAAUCCAGUUGUAGAAUAAAUACACGGAUGGCUUCACAAACUGAUUUCUUAUGGGCUUUGCUCAAAGAACAAUAGAGUGUGUGAGUAUGUUAAAUAUGUGUGUGUUCAUCUUGUGUGCCUUUGCACUCUAGCAAAUGUUUGAGUGAUAAUGUUUUUUAUUCCAGUUAAAAUCAUAUUCUGAGACUCUUCAAAAAAAAAAAA